AUGGUGAAGGCUAACAGCUCAAGAGAAGAUUCAGAAUGGUCAACUCUGGAUAGAAACAUACUUGCCAUUAUCUUCGAUAAGCUCGACAUAAUGGACAUUAUCAUGGGAGCUUCACGUGUAUGCAUCUAUUGGUUCCUUGCCUUUCACAACAAAAUACUGUGGAACACCAUCGACCUCACCAAGCUCAAUCACAAGGGAAAAAACGUCCUCUACAAAUACCCGGUCGACAAAGAAGCCCUAAGCUUUAGUAAUCUUUCAAUUAAGAUGAGCCGGUUCUUCUUUAACUUUUGUAGAGUAAAACACACAAAACUCAAGAAUCUAAUUGUUGAGAUCACUAAGUUGAGCCGCACGGCUCCGUGUAAUGUGUUCUUUAGCUUUAAUUCCUAUUUACAAAUGGAGCACCUCAUGUUUGUUGCUAAGAGGAUGGCAAACAUAGAGAAACUUGCUUUACCAGUUUCAUGGUCACUGUAUAAAGGGCUGGACUCAUUUAGGUUUGCGUUUAGUCAGUGGAAGAAUCUUAAAACACUGAUCAUGGCUAAUGACUUUACCUGGGGCUCAUUCGAGAUUCGAGUGUUGGGAGAGAGCUGUAGUAACCUCAACAACUUAAAACUUAUAGGUUUUUAUAUUUUGGGAAACGACGCUGCUGAAGGAAUCGUGCAUUACCACCAGAGCCUCACUAGGUUGAGUUUGCGAUGCUCUUUCAUCGAUGUUGAAGUAGUUAUCCUGCUAAUCAGAGGUCUUCGAAACCUCACAAUCCUUAACUUGACACAUUGCAAAAUCUUGCGCUGGUAUCUUAUGAUGAAUGAUGUUGUACAAGCUGCAACUCAGAAUCUUGACAAACUUAUCACAUGUUCAGAAUACGAUUGUCAAGUUUGCAAAGAUCGACCUCCCAUGUUCCGAGAGCAGAAGUUUUACGAGAAGCAUUGCCAAAACGACGAGAUAAAGGAACUUGAAUUCUGA